UAGUCUGAGGACAUUCUGUGUUGCUGCUUGUUGUUCGGGGAAUAGAAUCCCACUGUUGAGCAUCUCGCCUGUUGUCCGUGGAGGCGGUGAAAACCCUGGAAUCGGAUGAAAUCCUCCAGGAGAGGUGGAAAUAACAAGCCUGUGUUCAGCUGUGGGCCCGCGGGUGGUCCUCGGACCCCACUUUGGGAAACCGUCCACCCCACCGCAGCCCCCAGCUCUUGCAGCUCUUAAACCUCCACGAAGUUAAGGAGGACAUUUCCUGUCCGUGCAGCCGAGGUGAGGUGAGCCAGCCCCGGGUCCACUCUGACCACUCCACCCGUGCGUAAAAGGUGGAGGACGCCGAGCGCAGCGCAGGUGUGACGGAUGCAAGGAGCGGGUAGGUAGGCGGGUGCCGCCCGGUGAAGAAGAAGGGAGUGCAUGACUGUUACCAUCUUGCAUUCAUCCCUUUGAUGAGCUGGUGCAAGUGAACAAUAGGAGGCAUAUUUUCAUGAAUGAGGAGUGUGAUGACUAAAAGUUCACCUGCGCUCUCGUGUGUCUGCGCUAAAGAGGAGUUUUUUUUUUUAAAGUGGCUUCAUUAGUGUCCGCCUGUUUGAAACUCGCCCUCAUUCAUGUCAUCGGGCCAUUAGGAGCAGAAUUGGCCCCGACGGUGCAGCUCGGAUAAUCAGUUUCUGUGAUGGAGUGGCGUGAGCAGUCCUCUGUCGGCUGCGACGAAGCCUUCUCAGAGGCGCAGAGAUGGAUUGAGGCAGUGACCAAGAAAACAUUCGGGAGCAACGACUUCCGAUCAGCACUGGAGAAUGGAGUUCUGCUGUGUGAUCUGAUCAACAAAAUCAGGCCUGGUGUCGUCAAGAGGGUUAACAGGCUGCCCACGCCGAUCGCUGGACUGGACAACCUCAACGUCUUCCUCAGGGCCUGCGGCAAGCUUGGACUAAAGGAGGCUCAGCUCUUCCACCCCGGAGAUCUUCAGGACUUAUCCACGAGAGUUACAGUCAAGCAUCAAGAGACCAACCGGAGGCUGAAAAAUGUGUUGAUCACCAUUUUCUGGCUCGGCAGAAGAGCUCAGUGCGACAGAGUCUACGAUGGACCUCACCUGAACUUCAAGGCAUUCGAGGGAUUAUUGGGCACAGCACUGUACAAGGCUCUGCAGGAGUCGUCCAGUCAGAAAGGCAGCAACGUCAGAGACAGUGGUUUUGGAGAUAGCUGGUACUCUGAGCGAGAGGAGCUCUACCAACUGAGAGAAGGAGGAGGAGGAGGCAGCGGCGGCAGCGGACACAGGAGAGACGACUCCCUGGACAGUUUGGACUCUUUGGGAUCCCGACCUCACAGCAUCUCCUCCGACACCACCCUUAAAGGCAGCAGCGAGGGUUGUUGCAGUGACACCGAGGCCGACUCCGUCUUCAGGAUGGCUGAGAACAAGGACGGCCUCAGUUACCGGCGGUCAGUCGUCAUCACGCCCAAGACCACCACCCAGUUCAACCAGUUUCUGCCCAGUAAGGACAAAACUUCGGGUUACGUGCCCGCUCCUCUGAGGAAGAAACGGGCAGAGCGCCACGAGGACAACAGGCGUAGCUGGGCCAGCCCCAUAUACACGGAGCAUGACGGCACACUCACCAGUCAAGCGCCCCAGAGUUCCUCGCCCGACGCUCAGCUACAGUGGGCGUACGAGUACGAGAGCGGCAGUGAGUCAGACGUAGACCGGCCGGACCCGGAUCUGGUUCUGGACGAUCUGGCCAGCAGACGCUUCCAUAGCCCCUCCCCAGCUCCCCCCACCAACUUCGCCGUGCCCAUCAGUCCCCAGGCAGGAGGGAGGGCAGCUGAAGGUGGGAGGGGCUCCUCGCCCAAGGUCACUAUGGCUCCCACUGUGGCCGCUCAACAGAAUGUGGCCUGCCUCAGCGGUGGCGGCAUCGACGGCGGGGAAACGCCGCCACCCCACCACAGCUCCGUGAGGGUGGACCACCGCCGAGCCGUUAGGACUGACAGCGUGUUCGGGGAAAUUUACGACGACUCUGAGGAUGACGACGAUGAUGUGGGCUAUGCCGACCCCGUCCAAGAUGAUCUCUACACCCGCAAGAUGGGUGUCAAACCGGAGCCUUUGGGUAACGUGUCUUAUGACAAGUUCUUACCCAAGUUCUGGACACCUGAGGAAGACGUUCACAUACAGAAGAUCAAACUGGGCUCUCAGACGAGGCCCUGGUAUAAGAAGAUGCAAGGCUUCAGCCCUAAGAAGACGAUUUCUUCGUCAGACGAUUCGGACUGUGACACCAGUCCUCGGCUCUCCUCCGCCCCCUCUCCCUGCGGCCCCUCUCCCUCUCACUCCCACACACACAAGGCCUCGGCUCACACCGCCCUCGUUGUGGGGAAAAGUUCUCACAUCCAACCACACACUCCCCCACAGCUCCCCGAGACACAGCCCCCUCUGUUACAGCCUCCCCCUCUGGUGUUCCCCCCAGUGGACCCCACCUCAGGUCCCUGGCUGGUCAAAUGCGAGAGGUGGCCUCUCCUGGGGCGCCACGACCCCAGGGAGCCGCCAGACCCUUUUGAUUAUGAGGGCAUGUUCCCCGACCUGGAGAACGAUGACAUGUUUGCCAGGCGGACCCUGGCCUUCCAGUCCAACACGGACCUGGCCAUGAUGAAGUCUCAGCUGCCCCACAAACGCCGACUCUACACAUCUGAGCCGCAACUCAAUAUCAUCACCCAGCAACACGGCCGCGGCGGCACAGAGGAGAGCGACUUCCCUGACAUCGAGCAGGACGAUGUGGUGUAUCGUAAGGAGAAAACCCAGCAGACUCAGCGACCACUCUCGGGAGCCCCUGACAACUACGCCCCCAUGCCCAUCCCGGAGCCGUGGGCUCUGCCUCCCGACCUCAAAGCCAAGCUCCUCUGCCCGCCGUGCCCUCUGACCCAGAAAGCGGCAACAAAUAAAGAGGAUCAGGUUGAGAUGGAGCCGCGUCCUAAAACGGAUGACAUGCUGAUUCGUAAACUUGGAGCUUGUUUUGAUCAGAAUCAAUCAGCCAAUCAGAUGACUCCCUCAGUGCCUUCUUCCUGUAGCGAAGGUGACCUGCAGAGGUGGCAGGCUAUCAGGGAAGCCAGCCGGCUGAGAUAUAAGAAGAGGCUCUUGGUGGAGAGGCUAGCUCAAGCACCUGCUGACAGUGGGAGCAAAUCAACAAGUGAUAUCCAGGUCGACUCCACCGUCGCCCGGCAGGUUCGCUACGAAGAGCUGCAGAAGCACCGCGAGCAGAUAAAGGAUACUGAGGACAAGUGGCAGGAUGACCUGAGCAAAUGGAAGAACCGGCGCAGGAGCGUCAACUCUGACAUCGUGAAGAAGAAAGAGGAGCGUGACCAGAUCGAGCAGGUUACCAUCGGCGGUAACAGGAGGUCCAAGACCUUCAAGGAGAUGCAAGAGGAGAGAGACAAUAAAGGGAAAAAAAGCCUUGGCAGUCGUCUCGGAUCUCUGGCUUACCUGGACGACGAGGAGGACGUGUUUGAGAGACCCGUCACCUCCCCUCGUACCCGAACCCUCCCCGCCAGGAGCUUCACUAUUGACACUCCUUACAAUUAUUUCGAGCCCUCUGAGCCUUCUCUGAAAGAGGACGACCCACCUGCUGCCUCCCCAGCCACGGGCAGGGCCGCUUCCCCUCCCACCUCGCGGCGAGUCGACGUUGUGGACCGUCCUGCAGGCAGAGACGCCACGACCACCAUCACUCCCAACCUCCCUCCCUCCAGCCGAGGCUCUCUCCUCAACUCUGCUGCAGGUGCACCUUUACAGAGGAGUGCCAUCUCAGAACGCAGCAGACCCACCAAGACAGAGGAGAAAACCACGACUGUUGUCUCAGAACGCAGCAGACCCACCAAGACAGAGGAGAAAACCACGACUGUCGUCUCAGAACGCAGCAGACCCACCAAGACAGAGGAGAAAACCACGACUGUCGUCUCAGAACGCAGCAGAACCACCAAGACACAGGAGAAAACCACGACCGUCGUCUCCUCCUCCAGCGCCCUACAAAAGGUGGCAGAGCCGAGACGCCCAUUCUUGCGCGCACAAACGGAGGUGGAGGCCCCCUCCCCUGGUUUUCUGUACAAACAACAACCGCAGCCCAGCUCGAUGGAACCCAAACCUCCCGGGGUGUCUCAUGUUUCCGCCUCCCUCCCCAGGAGCUACCAGAAAUCGGAUAGCGCACGUCUAACCUCAGUUGUCACGGCAAGGCCCUUCGGGACCCAGGCCUCCCGCAUCACCUCACUUCCGCGAGUCUUCGCAAUGGGCGACCCUAACAAGCGCGUCAACGGCGACGCCUCUAAGAAGUCGUCGGUGCCGAGCCGCUAUCACCAGUUCAUGACCCCCGAGGACGAGGCUCACUCCAGCUCGGCCCACAGCAGUGAAGAUGAGGAGGAAGAGGAGGAGGAGGAGGCAGUGGUGACAUGGGGCAAGACCGCGCCGAAGAGUGUCACCUUGACUCAGAGCACCUCACCCGUCCCUGCUCCUCCAGUCAGGAGAGAAGCUCCAGUCACUCCUGCUCCAGUCAGUCCUGCUCCAGUCAGUCCUGCUCCAGCCAAAGAAAGCAGCCAGGAGAACUACUGCGACAUGCGGAUCAACCUGAACCAGAAGCCCAACAGCAGCAGAGACUUUGGCUUCCAGGCAGCCUGGGACUCAACCGGAGCUCGCGUCACGACCAUUGCGCCAGGCAGCCCGGCUGAGAUGUGCCAGCUCCAGGCCGGAGACGAGGUGCUGUCGGUGAACAGCCAGCAGGUGGCAGAAAUGAGCUACACAGACUGGAAGUCCUGCAUGGAGGAGGCGCUGCAGGAUGGCAGCCUGGUCAUGGAUGUUCGCCGUCAUGGCAAAAACAACUGGGACAGAGACCAACCUUCCCUGCCAUUUAAAAGCCAUAAGACCAUCAAUCUGACCAGUAUGGAUCCGAUACUUCUAGGUUCCCCUGAUUCGAACACUGCAAACUCCAGCCUGGAUUUCACCUCGCGCAUGACCUCGGAAACCCUGCUGCCCAAAGAGCUCACCGCCAACCCAGUAGUCGAUUUGGCUUCAAAUGGAGUUAAUGGAAGUUUCUAUCAGAAGUCGGUGACCAUGAGGAACAAAGAGUCAGAACCCAUAUCUUUGAAAAACUUAAAACGGCGGUCAGAGUUUUUUGAACAAGGCGGCUCAGGGUCCAGUGUCAGUGCGCUGGUCUACCUCUGUGGAGGAUCAGAGUCUGCGAUGCCAGAUAUGCCUGUUCCCUCAAUCACUCCCUCCUCCAGCCGCUGGUCCUGGGACCCAGAGGACGAGCGCAGGAGACAAGAGAAAUGGCAGAAGGAACAGGAGCGCCUCCUACAGGAGAAAUAUAAGCGCGACCAGGAGAAGCUGCAGGAGGAGUGGCUGAAGUCUCAGGAGGAGAUCGACAACCCCGUGGACCAACCAGAUUUUGCAAAGCCCGGCAGCCUGGAGGGGAACAGCCACAGCGUCAGCCCACACUCGCCACUCUUUCCUGUCAACCAGCCCACUUCUUCUCAGCGGGAAGAGGAAGAGAGAAAGAGGAAGGAGGAGCAGGAGCAGGAGCGCCGAAGGCAGGAGGAGGAGAAGAGGAAGCGGGAGGAGGAGGAGCAAGAGCUGCGGCGUCUGCGGGAGGAGAGGGAGAGGAAGGAGAGGCAGGCGGAGGAGGAGAGGAAGAGGAGGGAGGAGGAGAGGAAGAGGAGGGAGGAAGAGGAGAGGCAGGCGGAGGAGGAGAAGAAGAGGAGGGAUGAGGAGGAGAGGGAGAGGAGGAGGAGUGAGGAGGAGGAGAGGAAGAGUAGGGAGGAGGAACUGAGGAGGAGAGAGGAGCAGAGGGAGGAGGAGCGGAGGUGGCAGGAAGCUUCGGAGCAGCAGCGCAGAGAGCGGGAGCGAGCCUUCCAGCAGCAGCAGCUGCAGCAGCAGCAGCAGCAGCAGCAGCAGCUGCAGCAGCAGCAGCAGCAGUGGGCUGCUGGCUCCGAUGGCUUUAACAUGCAUCCUCCACUGUCCUUUACUGACAGGGUAAAAUCCCAAUCGUCUCCUCAGCUCGACGAAGAGGAAAAACCUCAGAGGAGAGGUGUGAACGUGCAGCCGGGGGGCAUGGCCCACUGGCUGCUGGAGAAGCAGUUGAGGAGUGAGCGUGACAAGCAGGCCCGGAGUCAGAGGGCUGCGUCAGAGCUGGAGAUGGAGCGCAGGAACAUCCUCAACGCCAUGAGAUACAGAGAGCCGGAGAGAGUGACAGGUGGAAGUGGACUAGAUGAGAGGAAGGGACAGCAGCCCCUGUCGCAUGCUGAGCUGGAGCGGCAGCAGAUCCUGAACGAGAUGAAGAAGAAAGCACCACUGCUGACGGACAGCAGCUGGAUCCGCCAGCGCUCCGCUGCCAUGGCCGCCAACAAGGAGAGUGACUUGCCACCCAUGCGCAGGGGCGACUCUCUUGACAACUUGGACUCCUACAACUCAUGGCGCUCGUCAUGGACACCCAGAAGCAACUCUUAUGUCCAAAAUUACGCCCGGCCUCACUCUGCCCUCUCCGGCAGCUCUUCUUUUUACGGUGGCGGACAGGGGCUCCAGAGGCCCACUUCCUCCACCCUGCCCUCCUCCUACUCCAUGGGCUCCCUUCGAGGCGGGGCAGGAACCCCCUCGUCCCCCUGGUCCCAGCAGACACCUUCCCCCUCCUCUCUGUCACCCACCACCUCUCCGGAGCCUACGUCCGAGGCCGGUGCCCUUCAGCAGCAGAGCAGGUCAGUGAGUGGCAAGAAAAUCUGUACGUUCUGUGACAGCCCUCUGGGAAAGGGAGCGGCCAUGAUCAUCGAGUCCCUCGGGCUCUGUUAUCAUUUGACCUGCUUUAAGUGUAUCGACUGUACGGCUAACCUCGGAGGAUCGGAAGCCGGCGCUGAAGUCAGAAUACGAAACAAACAGCUCUACUGUAACUCCUGCUACAUGCGAUUCAAAACCGGCCUGCCAACCGCUAUGUGACGUCACUGUCCUCCAGCAGAUUGAUGAAGAGACUACUUGUGACAACAACCCAUGAACAUCGGAGCCGUCGCAAACAGCCGGAAACACUCGGCUCGUACACACUUCCAUUACCGACUCUAGCAAACUCCCUUUUGUCUCAUUGAGCAGAAUCAUGUUUUGUGUUUUUACAGUGUGCGAUUGAGAGGGUCUAAGCUUGCAAAGACGUUAUCUACUUUAACACGUUUAUAUCGUAUUAAGUAUUACAGCCGUGCAAAGUGUAAGGGUUGUGCAUGCACUAGAGGUUUUUUUUCAAUGUUUUAGCCGUGAAACUAGUCGAGCAAUAAACAGACUUUAAGAUCCCACAGGCGGGGGCUGUCAUAUGAGACAGAUUUUCAAGAUAUUGAGAGAGAACCCUGCAGGAUCGUCCUCUUCCUUCUCGUUUUCACGCUUUUGUUUUGUUUUCUGCUGAAUCUCGUGGUUAUAACAUGUUUGUCAGCCAAGGUGUUCUCGUCAUGUGUAUGUGCCUUUUUCAUUGGUAACAGGGAGAAGUGAUUAAGAUUAACAGAAUUAUUUCAAAAUAUAUUUAAAAAGAGAAACCUCUGCUCGGAUAGCACUUGUCUGGAGUUAUCGCUGAUAGAUGGAGGAUUGUACACAGAAGCAGGUUUCCAUGUGAAGAUUAUAUAUAUCCCAUUGAAUGGCAUUGAGGCAAAAUGGCAACAUUUGUAAAUAAAACGACUAAAUCCUCA